AUGCAGGUCAAAAAACUUUCCGUUAGCCAGAAGUCCGAGCAGCAUUUCCUCGUUUUCGCCUUAGGCUGGCUUCUGCUGAAAAUAGUUAGAAACAAUCAGCUUACAUAACCUUUAUCCAGCGUUUUUUCAGGAACUGCAUCUCCGUUACUGUCCGGAAGGCACCGCCCAGCAAAGCAUGCUUAGUUUCUUCAAGUUCCAGAUUCCGAAGCUUCGCGAAGAGUUGUGCUUCACAAAUAAAUACGUGGAGUUUGAGGUGACUCGGUCACAAGUUUUCCAUAAUUGCCAACUGCACCUUCAGAGAAAGAUUGAACACUUCCGCAAUUCCGUUAGAUCAGCCGGCAACAUUUUGGAUCAGUCGAAGGAAGUGAUCAUUGCGCACCGAUUAGCACACCAACUCGAACCAGCGUGGCCGCCAGAGCUCGCUUCAGUUGAAUGA